CUUUGAUUCUUGAGGCUUGAGAGAUGGAAAUAAGCGAGACCUCAAAACAACAUUCUGAACCAAACCCGAAUGCCAAAAUCGAAGGAAAAGUGUGGAAGCCUUCGAAACGGAUCGAUGAAGCAUUGAUAAGCUCCGAUGAUCUAACUUGGGGAACUAGAGGAGGAUCAGAGAGGAGCAAAGGAGGAGGAAGAAGAAGAAGUGAGAAAAGAGAGAGUGUGUCUGAUUUAGAAGCUGAGGAGACAAAAGGGUUUAUGGAUUUAGGUUUUGUUUUUACAGAAGAAGACUUACACUCGGAGUUACCGGAGAUUCUUCCCGGAUUGCGGACAUUUCUCUGCCCGGAAGAACAAAAUGAGAAAGAGCCGUUGGUGGUGCCGAGACCAUAUUUGUUGGAGGCUUGGGACUUUUACUAUGAUAAAUGGAGUGGAAGAACAGAGAAAGAUUCAUUGGUUAUAGAUUUUAGAAUGGCUAAGUUACGUGGUGACAUGAACAUGAAAGAUAGCCUUAAAUUGUGGGCUCGUUCUGUAGCUUCCAGUCUUAAAUGAGAUCCAAUCGUAUUUUUAUGUUUCUUUUUGUAUGAAAUAGUGCACAUUAAUCAUUAGUAGUAUACCCCUUUUUCUUGUUCAACUCUUAUUUUUUUAAUUUUUAUUCACAAAACACUAACCAAAAAGGUUUCACUCAACAAACAUCUAUUACAGAGCUAAAUUAAAUGGUGAAUUGAAU